GGCUUAUCUAUCUACCAUCUUUGCCUAACCAUUUGUUGAUAGUCGUCACUUGAUUUGAAUGAUCAGGUGUUAAACAAUUCUAUUCAUUUGUGACGCGCUGCCAGAAUCUUUCUUUCAUUUAAUCACUUCCAUCGGGUUUUAGAUUGCUUGCUCCCCGAUAAUACUGGGCUCUACCUGCCACUGCGACUGCCCCGCCGUCGACCUGAAGUGCCCGCCUUAGGUAUUUCAAGCAUUCAACUUCAGACCUCACCCAACCACGACCCUUCUAUACGUAACUCUUUCGAAAGCAAACGCUACGACGACACGAUACCUUACGAACAAGUACUCACCGAGAUAAGAACCGCAUCCCCCGGUCUCGAACUGUAUCGAAAUUCCUUCACAUACCCCCCGAACUCCACCAUGGCUCUCCCCAAGCGCAUUAUUAAAGAGACAGAACGGCUCAUGGCCGAGCCUGUUCCAGGAAUCAGUGCCGUUCCUCACGAGGAUAACCUCCGAUAUUUCGAUGUCCAAAUUCACGGUCCCGCCCAGUCUCCGUAUGAGGGUGGUGUUUUCAGCCUCGAGCUCUUCCUCCCCGACGAUUAUCCAAUGACUCCUCCCAAGAUUCGAUUCCUGACCAAGAUUUUCCACCCAAACGUCGAUAAGCUUGGUCGUAUUUGCCUCGAUGUCCUCAAGAAUAACUGGUCUCCCGCUCUUCAGAUCCGAACUAUCCUCUUGUCGAUCCAGGCCCUCCUCGGUGCUCCUAACCCGGAUGACCCUCUCGCUGCAGAUGUCGCCAAGAGCUGGAAGGAGGAUGAGCAGGCCGCUAUUGCAACCGCCAAGGAAUGGACUGCCCAAUAUGCGAAACCUUGAGGGAAAAUGAUACACUAGGAUUAAAUACAAAAAAAAAAAAAAAACAGAAUUUGAAUAGUUAUGGAUGAUCAAGUUGGGAGAGCAAAUGCUGGAGUUUAGGGGCCAAGUGAUGUCUCAUGGAGAUACUUUCCAUUGACUUUGAGCGGGUACAAUGGCACUUGCAGGUUUGCUCUUGGUCUUGUCUGAUAGACCUGAAUACUUUUGCUGUGAAGAAACGCAUCGUUAUUUUGUCUAGUUUCAUGCUGAUACUUUUAAGAAUACCUGCCGCGUGUUCGGUGUGGAGGGAUCGUAUCCAACUCCCACUCCAGGCAGCUCCUUGUGACAUUUCAGUUACUAGUGGGUUGUUCUUUACCGUACCUCUACCACUACGACACGCCAGAGUCAUGAUCUGAA